AGACCAAAGCAAAUACAUUUUUGGACAAUUUACAGGUGGUAGUUAGACGGUGUUGUAUAGUGGCUCGCUUUGUCGUUUUGUUUUGAUGUUUAUUUUCCGUUUAUUUAAAAUAUGUGUACUAGUGACUGAAAUUUAAUAAACAAUGCCAAUAAGCUUUAUAACUUCCAUCUACCAAUUUUCAUUUAAACAUUAAAAGUGGACGGACACAAUGGAGUUCGUGGAUUAUUCAAAAACGUUUUUUUAUAUAAUCACAGUGCUUGUGAUUUUAUUAAAUAGUCAUGAAGCUCUAAGUUUUGGACCCUCGCAUCAACCUGAAGCAUAUUUUAACGGAUCUUCCUACUUAAGACUGCAAACUAUUAUUUCGUUAAAGAAACAGACUGGUCUAAGUUUUCGAACUUGUUACGGAGGAAAUUUAUUCUCACAACAACUAAACGAUGAUCUGAUCGAACUUUCAGUAAAUUCAGAGGAAAUUGAAUUUAUAGCCAAAACUGGAGGCAAGAAAUACGAACAUAAAAUCAGUGGACAUUUUUUGGACAAUAAAUGGCAUACAGUUUAUCUACAAUAUAUAUCUGGUAAUUUAACUAUUGAUGUAGACGGGGAAUCACAACUAAUUGCGAAUUCAAGUUACCAAAAUGAACUUUUGGUAAGUCCUGGUCUCUACAACGAAGGCGCUGCAGUACUUCUCAUAGGGAAACAGUUCAAUGGUUGCCUUCUAGAAGGACCAACCGUCGUUUUUGAUCCUUCUCUUGUGAAAUCUAAUCAUAAUGUCGCUUUUAAAGCAUGCCCCAUACCGCAUGAUUCUUGUGUGCCAAUAGGCUCGGAUUAUUGUGGAACGGAGCCUUGCAUGCGACACGGAACCUGCCUGAAUAAACAAGAUACUUACACUUGCAAUUGUAAUCCUCGAUAUUCGGGAAAAAAUUGUGAAAUUGAUUUGGGUAAUCCCUGUGACAGAAUACCGCCGAUAUGCAAAAAUAACGCCAAUUGUACAUCUGAUCCUUCCGGGGAUUUUACGUGUAUUUGUAAUCCUGGUUACACAGGAAAACGUUGUGAAACCAAACUGAAGAUGCACCCUAUGUGCAAAGAUAAAACUUGUUUGAAUGGCGGUAUAUGUGACGUCCAUCCCGUUACUCAAGAAUUGUUUUGCCGAUGCAAACCGGGUUUUAAAGGAGAAAAUUGUGAAAUCAAUGAAGAUGAAUGCUUAUCCAACCCUUGUCGUAACGGUGGUCUUUGCAUCGAUGGAUAUAAUAAUUUCAAAUGCAAUUGUAGUCAAACAGGAUAUGAAGGAAAAAUUUGCGACGAAGAUGUGAAUGAAUGUUUAAACAAUCCUUGUUUCAACCAAGGGAUUUGUUUCAACACAUAUGGCUCAUAUUUGUGCCAGUGUAUACCAGGAUUUGCAGGAAAGAAUUGUAGAAUGGCAGUCGACGAGUGUCUUUCAAAGCCGUGCUUAAAUAGCGGAUUGUGUAUCAGCCAUGGGGGUAAAUACGAAUGUCGUUGCGUUAAUGGUUACUUGGGAGAUAACUGUGAGAUCGAACCAGGCGGAAAUCUACGUCAAUGCGAGCAAAAUACUUGUCCCUAUUAUGCAGAAUGUAGAGAAAUAGGCAGUGCUUCGAUGUGUGUUUGCAAACCAGAAAACCCUGGAGAAUAUCCAGAUUGCAAUACAUCUUCCGCAUGCUCCAGAAACCCAUGUUUGAAUGGAGGUACUUGUACACCUUAUAAAGGAUCUUUCAAUUGUACAUGUUCCAAUGGCUUCACUGGUAAAAUUUGUCAAACCAACAUAGAUGAUUGUGCUAAUUCUCCUUGUCAAAAUGGUGGAACGUGCUACGACAAAGUGAAUGGCUUUUACUGCAACUGUACUGAACACUGGAUGGGGCCAAUUUGCGAGAAGCCAUAUGACAUUUGUGAGUUGAACCCAUGUAAACACAAUGGAACGUGCAUAUCUUCUCCAAACAAAAGAGACUUUACUUGCCUUUGCCCAAUGGGAUUCGAAGGCGAAACCUGUGAUACUAACAUUGACGAUUGCCUGGGAUCAAAGUGUCCACCUGAUCAAAUAUGUGUUGAUUUAAUUAAUAACUAUGAAUGCAGAUGUCCUCCAGGUUUCGCUGGUGCUGAUUGCAGUGUUGAUAUUGACCCAUGUGCAAAAAAACCAUGCUUGAAUGGCACUUGCAUUGUUGAUAAAAGUACAUACCAAUUUAGUUGUAAUUGCAAUCCAGGGUAUACAGGUACUUUAUGCAACGAAGAUAUAGAUGAAUGUAAACAAUCCGAUAAUAAAAUAUGUAACCAUGGAAUUUGCGUUAAUUUCGAAGGCAGCUUUCAGUGUUAUUGUAAACCUGGUUAUACUGGAGAACGGUGUAACUUAGAUUUUGAUGAAUGUCUAUCGAUGCCUUGUAAGAACAACGCUACUUGCAUUAAUCUUGUGAAUAAUUUUGAAUGCCACUGCCCUCCAGGUUACGAUGGAAAGGAUUGUUCUGUGAAUAUCGACGAAUGCGAACCGCAACCGUGUAUGCACGGAGCGACUUGCAUAGAUGGUAUUAAUGAAUUUACUUGCGUUUGUCCGGAAGGUUUGACCGGUAAAAGAUGUGAAAUAAAUAUUGAUGAUUGUGAAUCUUCUCCUUGCUUACAUGGAUCUCAAUGUAUAGAUGGGUUGAAUAGUUAUUCAUGCAAUUGUACCGAUACAGGUUAUGAGGGCUAUCAUUGUGAAAAUAAUAUAGAUGACUGUGAAGGCGAUCCCUGUCAAAACGAAGCCCCCUGCAUCGACUUAGUCAAAGAUUAUUCUUGUAAAUGUUAUCCAGGAUAUAAAGGUAAAAACUGUGAGAUAGAUAUCAACGAAUGCGAAAGUAAUCCAUGCCAAUACAACGGUACUUGCAUAGAACGAUCUAACAUCACUCUCUAUUCUCCCGUAUAUUCUUAUAAUUUGAAUCUUCCUGAAAUUUUUUCUAAACCGUUCAACUAUUCGGAAGCCGCUGGUUACGAGUGUCUUUGUGUUCUUGGAGUAACAGGUCAUAAUUGUGAAACUAACAUUAACGAAUGUGAGAGUAAUCCUUGUGUCUAUGGUGCCUGUAUCGAUAAAAUUGGAGGUUACAUUUGUGAAUGCGAAGAUGGAUACGAAGGAAUACAUUGCGAAUUAGAUAUAGACGAGUGUAAAAAGUACAAUCCGUGCGUUAAUGGUACUUGUAUUGAUAAAAUCGCAAACUAUUUUUGUCAAUGUACGAACGGAUAUGGUGGCAAAAACUGUUCUGUUGAACUUGCAGGAUGUAAAGAUAAUCCUUGUUUAAACGAUGGUCAGUGUCGUCCAUAUUUGGUUCAUGAAACCGAACACAAAUUCAACUGUACUUGUCCCAAUGGUUUUCACGGUCAAACGUGCGAACAAAUAACCACAAUGUCAUUCCGCGACAUAUCAUCAGUAACUGUUAAUACUGUUAGAGAAGAGGGUUAUGAUAUACAGUUUAGAUUCAAAACUACUUUAGGUGACGGUUUAUUAGCACUAGGUAAAGGAUUGACGUUUUAUAUAUUGGAAUUAUCGAAAGGGAGAUUAAAUUUGCAUUCAAGCUUGCUGAACAAAUGGGAAGGAGUUUUUAUAGGUUCAAAUUUAAAUGAUAGUACGUGGCAGAAAGUAUUUGUUGCGAUAAAUUCCUCUCACUUUGUAUUAUCUUCUAAUGAAGAACAAACUAUUUAUCCAAUAAGCUACAACGAAAACAAUAAUGUGACUAGUACUAGUUUUCCUGUAACGUAUAUUGGAGGUAUUCCAAAUAACCUUAGGAAAUUGACGCACGGCCAACCGUUUUUAGUAGGAUGCACUGAAGACGUUUUGGUGAACGGACAGUGGGUUUUACCUCAACUUAAAAAUACCCCUUGGUUAAAUUUUCAGCACGUCGAAGAGAAAUGUAUAAGGGAACCUCAAUGUGAGCCAAAUCCAUGUGAAUCCGGAGGACGCUGUACUGAUAGGUGGAGGGAAUUUAGCUGUACCUGCGAGCGUCCUUAUUUGGGUCAUACAUGUCAGUAUAAUUACACCGCAGCUACAUUCGGAUAUGAAAAUAUCACGGAUUCAUUAGUUACGGUAGAUGUCGCUGAUACUGCAAGAAGAGCGGUGCGCUCCAUAGUUGAUAUAAGCAUGUUUAUAAGAACAAGACAAUCCAGGGGGCAGAUAUUUUAUUUAGGUUCUGGUUUACUUCCAAAUCCAAACGACGAAACUUAUAUAGCUGCUCAACUUGAAAGUGGUGAGUUAUUAGUCAGAAUUCAAUUUGAAGGAAAUCUAGAGAGCUACACAGUUGGAGGAGUGAAGUUGGAUAAUGGAUGGAAUCAUCUGAUCAAAGUAAUUCGCAAUGUGACAUUGGUGCAAGUAAAACUGAACAACACGGAAUAUUUCCGUAAAACGAUAUCAGCCUCUGGUCCGUUAGACGUCCGAGUUCUUUAUUUGGGUGGACAACCCCAAUCUAGAUCAAUCAGACAAACCAAUGAAAAUUUGUCAGUUACAAAAAUUGACAUAUCUCCAACAUCCCCGGCAGCUAUAACAUCUGCUCUUAGCAGUGUACAUUUCAAAGGAAUUAUACAGGAUGUCCAGAUAAGUAAUGGAUCUGCUGUAAUGAUCGUUGAAUUUUACCCACUCCAAGCUCCAGAUUUACGUAUACCUGCUUCAUUUGGUAACGUUACCUUUGAUAGAUCAACAGUAUUAAAAGGCGUCCAUUCUGAUGAUUUGUGCAGACUAGAUCCCUGUCACAGAGGAGAAUGUUCCAUCACUUGGAAUGACUAUAUGUGUAUCUGUCCUAUCGGCUUCAAAGGGAAAGAUUGUAAUGAACUAGAAUUCUGUAAAUUGAGAGGUUGUCCAACUGGAUCGGAAUGUAAGAAUUUAGAAGAUGGUUACGAAUGUAUAUCAAACAGUACUUUCGAUGGCUUGCAAAAACCUUUGCAGUAUCAACUAACAGCAGAUGUAAUUUCCGAUAAUUUCAUUUUCGAUUCUUUGGAAUUGAAUUAUAGAACGCGAUCAUGGGGUACUAUACUUUUUGCUAAAUACAAAGAAAACUAUUUUGAAGUUUUCGUUUAUCACAAUGAAGUAGUUAUUGAAUGGAAUUUUAACGGAAUGCCGGAGAUAAAGAGGUUCAGAAUAGAUAGAUUCAAGGGUCAGUGGAUUUCUCUAUUGUUUUUAUAUAAAAAUUCGAAACUAAGAGGUGGAUUCAAGGAGCACGUAAUGGACGAGUCUUCGGACUUUGAAGUAAAGCAAUUCGAUAUUUACGCAUUUAGUGAAAUAUUUCAAAAUGGUGAAAUAUAUAUAGCUGGUAGUGAUAAUUUAUUCGAUUAUCAAACAAUUAUCAACAAUACAGAUACGAAUUUGGCAGGUUAUAUACCUGUUACGGAUACUACUACUGUAGAAUCGCUUAUUAGUAAUUCUUUAGAAAGUAGUGAACUUUCUGAAGAUGUAUUAUUGUACAAAGUGGAUCAAGAUAAAAAGACUGAUAAUUUUAAGGGUUGUUUAGGUGAAAUAAGAGUAGGAGGCUUACUUCUUCCAUAUUUCCAUACACAAGAAAUUUAUCCGAAUAAAACGAAUCUCAAGAAAUUAUAUGAAUUAAGUACCGAUUCGACAAUAGAACAUGGUUGUAUCUUAUGCUAUCCAACAGAUUGUCUAAAUAAGGGUGUCUGUAUGAAUAGUACAGAAACUUACAAAUGUCAUUGCCAGCCCGGUUUCACCGGUGUAGAUUGUUCGUUUGACAUAGAUGAAUGCGAAAAUAACAUGUGCCUAAAUAACGCAACUUGUGUUAAUCUAAUCAACGAAUAUAAAUGUGAAUGUUUAGCCGGUUACACUGGGGAAUAUUGUGAGAUCGAUAUUGAUGAAUGUCUUAGUAACCCUUGCAGGCAUGGUGGUACAUGUAACGAUUUGAUUGGUACGUUUAAAUGCGACUGUCCAGAGGGAUUUGUAGGUAAACAGUGUGAGGCUCCAUUGCUGAUUACUUGUGAGAACAAACCUUGUAAAGAUGGAUCUACAUGUAAAACGGGUUCCAAUGAAAUAACUGGCAAUAAUUUCACUUGUAUUUGUACAGAAGGCAUGGAAGGACCUUUGUGCGAUACACCAUUUUGCCAAAUUGACCACUGUCUACAUGGUAAAUGUAACGAUAGUUUUGCAGUGCCUUUUUGUGAAUGUGAAAGGGGUUAUGAAGGAAGACUCUGCGAUAUCGAUAUUAAUGAAUGUAUAUUACCUAACGGUGGCAGUCCUUGUCAAAAUAAAGGAAUAUGUAUAGAUCAAGUAAAUCGAUAUACUUGUAAUUGUGAAAAUACAGGUUAUACGGGACUACUGUGUGAAAUAGAUAUCAACGAGUGUGAAAAUGAACCGAUGACGUGCGGUCGUGACGGUACUUGCGAAAAUAUGCCUGGAUUUUAUCGUUGUAUUUGUGACAGUAUUAAAGGAAAAUGUGGCCGUCAAUGUAAUCUCGAUGAUCCUUGCGAAAAUGAUCAUCCCUGUGAGCACGGUACUUGCCAGUCUCAAUGUACUGAUAAACCUGACUACUUUUGUGAGUGUGAAGAGAACUAUGUAGGAAAAAAUUGUACGGAAUUGAAGGUAUCCGCUAGUCAAGCAGAAGGUGGAAUCAAUAUUUUGUACAUAGUAAUUCCUAUUAUUCUGGCCCUAAUACUGGCUUUGGUAGCUGGUUUAGUAAUUUUAGUGAAUGUAGCUCGUAGUAAAAGAGCUACCAGAGGUACUUAUAGUCCGAGUGCACAAGAAUUCUGUAAUCCACGAGUAGAACUUGACCACGUGUUGAAACCACCACCUGAAGAAAGGUUAAUUUAGACUAUUAAUUUAUUUGAAAUUAAUUUUUGACAACGUUAAAUGAUCACUUAUGUAAAAAUUAACUUAUAGUCGGAUUUAUUGUUACUCCAUAUAUUAUACCUUUGACAUAAAACAGUUUAUAAAAAUAUUUAUAUUAAUAUUUUUACACAAUUGAUCAUUUAUCGUAUUUAAUACUGUACUUAAGGGGCACUUCUACUUAGUUGUAUAUUAAGUAUUUAAAUUGACUUUCUUCCAUAUUUUCCGUAUUGAUUUCGUUUAUUACCUAUCGAUAAAUAUACAUCAAUACAUAUAUAUACACGGUGUGUCAUAUAAUUACAAAUACCGAACAUUUUUAUUAUCUGACAAAGUUUCGAUUACUAAAAUGAAAUAAAUUUGUAUAUAGCUUUUGUCAGACACAAAAAAAAUUGAAACUAAGCUCCAUUGGUCCAUUAAACAUUUACUUCUUAUUCAAGAUGUUGACAAAUCUCUAAACACAUAGGCUAGCACUGUGUUUAAUAGUUAUCAUAAAAUCGGGUACCCGUUUUCGAAUGAUUCUAGAUAUUACAGCCAUUGUCUGCUAUAUAAAGUCAAAUUAUCUUACACCUAACAUUAUGACACACUCGGUAUGAUGUAUGAUUUAUUAUUAUAUAUUAAUCAGUUUCUGCAAGGUAACUUUCCCAUGACAAAAGUAUAUUUUCUGAUCUUUGUUUAUCGUGGCUGGAAUAUGAUUAUUUUUUAUACUUUCAUCUAAUUCAAAAAUGGAUUUUACUUAAGCAUUCGUUAAUAUUUUGAAUGUAGUUAAAUUUAGAUUUAAGGUAUUGAUAAAACAACGAAUAAAUUUAUAACAGCCUUUCUUCAGUGCGUCAUUAAAUGUAUUGGAAUUAUUUGCAUUAUAGGCAAAUAUUACACCAUCGUAUUCAGCUACAUAUGAAGAGUUCGGGACUUCAAUUUGAUAAUAUUUAUAUAAUUUAUUUAUAAAUUAGCAAAGCAAUUACAGAGUUAGUUUCAUCUAAAAUACUAAAUAAAUAAUCAUUUUAAAAGAGGCAGUCCUAUAUCUGAAAGAAAUUUCCAAAGGAAAAAUAUACAGUAUGUAGAAUCAGAAUUCAUCUCAUUUUUAAAUACCAAAUUAGGGUGACGCCUCCAUUCUCCAUAUAUCUAGUUAACUGAUUUCUGCCAUUUGUUGUGACUUUUACCAGUGAUAUCGGGCGUCAUGCUGGCAAUUUCUUCUCGAUUGUUCACAAUGACAGGAUUUUCAAAAAGUUCACAAUGACGGGAUUUUCAAAAACUCUUAAACGCUUUCAAUUUAGAUGAGAAACUCUUAGGAGUGUGAACCUCAGUUAAUAAUGCCAGUGAAGCAGAACUGUUUUAAGGCUAUUUUUUCAAGAAAAUACGCCAAUGUGCUGAGUUGUAUAAGAUCUUAAAUGUAUUCAUCAAGCCUUCAAUAUUGACACAAUAAACCAACUCGUCCUCUGAGGCAAAACAGGAGGUGAACUGCUUCCCACAAUAUCAAAACCAUGAGCAAAAAAUAAGUUCUUGCUUUUGAGCCUUGAUCCAAGCAACUCAGCAGUGUUUUGGCAAGAUUCAAGUCUCUUACUAAAUCCUUUAGCUCGUUCAGAUACGGCACCAUCUUCGUCAGAACUUGGAAUCUGUUCCAAGGUAGUAGGGGCCUUGGAAUGGCAUUUCGGUCCUAUAAGGGAUGGGACAUAAGGCUGAUUUCAGAUAGGGGUGUGAAAUUGACUGUUUCCGUUUUGACGUAUACCCUUUUACAUUACACAAACAAAAGUAGCAAUCAUCACUAUGAUUAUUUUGCUCGCGCCAUACCAUAGGAACCGCAUAUCGGAAAGCUUUUUUCUUACCGUUAAACCAAUUUCGAAGGCCUUCAACACAUCGUUUGCAAACUUCAUGAGGUGCCCAAACUUUAUCCUGAUCUCUGAGUUUUAAGCCAAAAUACGCGAAGUAUACUUUUUUUACAAAGUUGGUAAUAUUAAGUUGUUGCUUUAAUAUCAUAUAUGUCUAACAGAUGACACUGCACUAUACUCAACCAAGAUCUAUAAAACAAUGAAGAGUAAACAUGUCAUGGUAUCGCGCCACUUGUUACACUAUACGAGCCUGCACGUUCAGGUUAAAUGUUUAUGUUUGUUAAUUUAGCUCACACAAGGCGCUCUUUAUUUAGAAAGUAAUUAAACGUUAUGGCCUGUAUACAUUUAAAAACAAUAAUCAAAAUAAAAUUGUGCUUAUUUAUUCAUGACUUGAAGUUAGCCCAAAAAUUUCCUUUUUUAAGAAAAUUGUGUUUUUUAAAAUAAAGGGAGGAUCUGGAAUUUUUUGAGUAUUUCUUUAGUUUUCAAAACAUAGAAAUCAGUUAAAAACACCCAAGCAUCAUUUUUGUUGCAGACCUGUGUUAUUUGAUUUAUAGAAAUUGAGAUAAAUAUUAUGUUUUUCAUUGAACUACCCUGUUUUAUAGUUAUUUUGAGAUAUUUCCGAGGAUCAUUCCAUUUGCUGGAAUCCGAUUCUUCGAAUAUGUAAUUAAUCGUUUAGACAAUAUAUACGCGCUGAAAGAAAGCUGAUUUACCAUAAAUAAAAUAUUGAACAAAUAUUUAAAAUUAUUUUUUUUAAUGGAUCUGUUAUUUAUCUAAUGUCGCUGAAUUAUAAUUUUACUAAUUUAUACUUUAUAUUUAAUUGUAUUUUCUAAUUGGAAAUUAAGGUACCUUCCCAAAUUAUCAAAUUAAUUUAACCAUUUUAGAGUAAUUUAUACAAGUACAUCCACAUAGCACGUUUUUUUCAAAUAUACAUGACUGUCUUUUUAAAGAAUGUGUUAGGCUUCAUCCAUUAGAGAUUUCUUCAAAUAAGACAUCUUUUGUUUUAUAUCAUCUUCUGAAGCAUCAGUUGGACUAAUUCUAUUUCCUCUUUUAUCGUGUGCCUAAUUUUUCCCAAGACGUUGUGAAAAUUAUUUUAAGCAUGAAAGAGUCACUGCGUUGACGAAUAUGUUUAUGUUCAAAGUUAUACAAGCAAUGUUUCUUUCGAUUUUCGCAGUCUUUUAAAGUAGUUGUAAUGCUUACGCACUUAACACGGACUUCUUGCAAUGCUUCAAACCCGCUUUUAAAUUUGGAAAAUUCUCUUUCAGCUAUACAAGUGAUCAAAUUAGUUAGUACUUGAGGUAAGGUCAUGGCCUAAGGGCAAUUGCAUUUAAAGGCAACUCGCUAGGAUCCCUUGAUCUAGAGCUACACCACUAGUUACUAGAUUUUGUCUUAAGUUUCAAAUAGAGAGGAUUCUUAUGACCAUUUAAUCUUUUUCAAAGUAGACCAUAUAAUCAAAUAAGCAAGGUGUAAUAUCCAACUACUUUUAAUGAACUUCUAUUUUACUGUCCAGUUGGGUCACUUGAGACAAUUUUAAACAUUAUGCUUGUAUUAAAAAGAAACUGUUCAAGCUAGAUCAUCCAAAUCAACGCCAUAUUUUUGGUCGGUGUCUACACUACGAUACACACUACAUGAAACAAGCAGAAAUGAAACACUUGAAUAUAUAUAAUUUCUCAAGUCACCUCCACAAAGGCAGUUACUUGAGAAAGCCUAAAUUGUAUUGAAACUCAAAUAUGCCAAUAGUGUUUCAGACUUAAGACAUAAAAAAUCAUUGUUUAAAAAUAUAUCGAGCAUUUUGAAAAAGUAGUAUUUUUUAAAGAAAAACUGCGUCUUUCAAUACUACUGUUUUAUUAUGUAACAAAAGUACAAAAGUUUUGAAAAAGAUGAACAAAAAUCAUUCUUUGGUAACAUAUCUAGAUAUAAAAACUAAAUAAAAAAGAAAGUUUCCAAGGAACUGAAAAAAAUCUAACGACUAAAAUUCUAUUGAAACAGUAUAUCUGCGAUGAAUAGAUACAGGAAGUAGCUUUGAUAAUAUUUGUGUUGUCCCGACAUCUGUAAUGUCUUCAACCUCAGGAAAAAUAAAUAUUUUUUUGUAAUUUGCUGACUGACGCAUAAAGCUGCACGUGAAUACAAAAUUUGGCUUUGUUGCAGUUAUUUUUCCUAUAAACUUCUUUAAAUGUUGGCUUGUGUGGAGUUUGGUAUAAAAAUUCCACCAAAACAAAGUCUAUGAUCUUUAGUUCUGCUGAAUAUACCUCAUGAACAUCAUGAACGAAUCAUCAGGACCUUUGUAGGUCCUGACUCUUUUAGAAGUCUUUUUUUUUUCUCUUUGGAAGUUGAUGGUGCUGGGUUUACAUUCUGACUUAAUUUUCUUGGAUUUUCCGCUAAUAUUAGCAUUUUCAAUGCUUUUUCCUGGUUCUACUUGAAUUUUUUUCUUCUUACAGUGGUAGUAAGAUAAAUUUUAUCUUAUAUUAUUUGCAUAACUCUAUAACGGAGUGUGAAAUAUGGCUAGCUAAAUUAUCACCAAUAAGCGCCUUUGGGAAAUCUUUGGGCAAUUUUUUGAAAUAUGGUAAGGCAAUAGUUAUAAACCAAUCCUCGUAAAUAGCUUCAUUAAACCAGGAAGAUUUAGAGCUAUUGUAUCUAGUUCCUACUGGUCCAUUUUGAGCUCAACUAUCAUACAGAUUUUUGGACUAAUAAACAAUAUAGGGUGAUAAAAGGACACCAGAACCGCUAUAUAUUAUUUGAAUGGUUAAUUUUCAAACUAUCCAUUAUCCUGUGCCAAUGCUUGGAAUCUCUUCUCAUGAGAACCCUGUUCCUUCCCGGAUCAUCCGAAAUAUUUGUAGUUGACGAUGGCAAAAUACUUGUUUAUAAUCUCCCUUGUGACACCUUUUUCGCAGUGUCUUUUAAAAAAGGUUCUCAUAAAUUCUCUGCCUGGCAUGUUAUUUGUAAAUUUUACUACAUUUCUCCCAGAACUAUCAAGAUAUGCCUUAAUUAAAUACCUCACAUCUACUGAAGUUAGGGGACACCCCCAUUCACUGCUCAGCUGGAUAUUUUCCACUAAUUUAGCCUCUCCAGCUGCGGUUAAAACAGUUUGUUCACCUGGCCUCAACGAAUAACGAUUUUUCACCCUACGGUCUAUAGCGUCCUUUGGUAUUCGGUAUUUUUCUUGUAGUUUGCUUAAUGAAACUCCUUUUUGCCUUUAUUAGUCCACUGCUUUUUCUAAAUUUCCAAUAUCAUAUCUUCUGGAAUUGGUCCCAAUUUUCCAACUAUAUCGUCCCAUUUUCAGCACCUGCAAAA